UUCUAGUCACCUUUUGAAGUGAAUUUGCAUUCUAAUUCGGGUAGUAAAUUUACCUCAAAUUGUAUAGCAAGUUGUGUAUAAAUUGUCGUCAAAAACGGAAAAGUCCGAAAGUGACGGAAAUUUGACGAAAAAUUCAACGAAACUUUUGUACAGUAAGCUUUUGCUCAAGCAAACUGUGCUAUUAGGGAAAAAGUCCGACGUUGACGUAUAUAUUUGACGUUAACUUUAAAGGGAACUGUCGUUAAACAACUGCAGCUCCUUGUUUUAUAAAAAUUGAUUAAUCAGAUUAUGAUAUUUAGCAGUACAAAAUUACUAUAGUUGUUAACAAACAAUUUUAUUGUUUCUACAAAAUAAUACUAUAAACAAUAUAGGCUCACGUGUCUUAAAUUAUAACUCGAUUUCUAAUAGUGUAGAUUAAAAUCAUUCUCAAUCAACACGACAAAAAAAAGACAAAUCCUACCAAAAACAGAUUCUCUGUAUAAAAUCGCGCCAAGAUCGUAUAUUCUGUGAGACAAAGUGAAAAGCUGCAUUUAUAAGCUUUCGGUCCGAUUGACUUUUAAUCGAAGUUUUUAAUCAUAUCUGUGAUCGAAUAAGAAUCGUAUAAGAUUUUCUUGCAUAAUUUCUGUAUUCGAACUAACAGAGAUAAUAAUGAACAAUAUAUGUCAGUGAUAAAGAAAAAAAAAAUUAAUUACUUUUUAUGAGAUAAAUGCAGUCUCAUUAAUUUUUUAUUAAAAAAUAGUUCAAUAACAACUUAUAAUAGCCAUUCUUAUGAAUCAUGAUGUAAUUAAGUGACCAGGUGUUCAAAACGGCAAUUAGUGUUCAACAAUAGAAUACUUGGUAAAUCCACUUGAUAAACUUUGAUAAAUUUUUAGUUCUCAUUAUCAAACAUCCGGACCCAAGGUUAAAAAAUCAUCCACUAUAUAAGAAAGCUCGUUGAUUUUUAAUUUUAGUUUUAAUUCUGAAAAGGCUAAAACACACCUCAAAAUGUUCACUAAAGCAUUCAUUAUCGUGUCAUUCUGUGUGGCUGCUUCCCUACAAGACUGGAUUAGAGACAUACGUCCGUGUGGACCAGGAAUACCAACCCCUAAAGAUUUCUUUCUGCAUGAAUGUAAAGAAUAUCCAUGUCCAUUUUACCUAGGCUUUAAUGUAACAGCUGCAUUGGAAUUUUACGCACCCUGCGAUAUUACUGCAAUGACAGUUAAGGUUCGUUUCUCUAAAUGGGGCUUCUUUAUGCCAUGGAUUUUACCAAACUCGGACGGUUGUAUUCAUCCAGGCAGCAACGUCUCUCAUUGUCCUCAUCCUCAAGGUGAAAAAGUAACUCACAUGACAAGUAUGCCAGUGCCGUACAUGCUUCUUAAAUCUGGAGACUAUUUCGAUAUCACAAUAGAAUAUUCCUUGUACGACCAGAAUAACAAUGUACUCUGUUGCCUUAGAGCCCCAGCUCAAGUCUUGAACCGACCAACGGAAGAUUAUAUUAAUAAUGGUGUAUAAUUAAUAUUAUUUAAAAUAAUAUAUUCAAAUACAACAUAAUUUCUAUAAAAUUGAACUUUAUUCAUCAAGUUAAAUAUAUAUCCAUCAAUAUAUCCAUCAAAAAAAUUCAUACAGGAAUUCAGCCUACUAUUUUACUAUUAUAACAAUAAGCAAUAAAAAUACAAAUUAUAUAACUCACUA